CUUUCAGAAACCAAUAUUUUCCUUCUUUUACCCACUGGAUUUUUGAAAAUAAUUUUGUUUUCCAGAUGACAAUCUUGUCGCCAUGCCUGUUCUACAGUGUCCUUUUUCAAAAUCCAUCACUUUCCUAUCAAAACCCUCCUCCUUUACCUCCUAAACCCCUUUCCCCAAUCUCCAUCUUCUUAAUAAAACUCUACAAAGUCACUGGUAUUACCAAUGGCGAUUUCUGUAUUGCUUAAAGCUUUUACUCGUCGUGGCCAGCCUUCCAUUUCUUCUUCGUCUUAUGAAAAAGUGUUUAGGAAUGUUAACAUCCCAUGGACUAGUUCACUGUUGAGCAAACCAUUUACAAGUUUGGGUAGAAGAGCUUACUGAACCAAACCAAGAAACUUCCAGAGUCCACCCUAACAAAGGUAGUUUUCAAAUAUGUUUGCCCGAAUGACAAGUCUUAAGAUGGCAGUAGGCGGCUCUUAAUAAGAAAGGUACUUGAGAUUCCCACAGGGGAUACAUUCUUCGAAAUCAGAUAUGGAGAUAAGGGGAGUCAUUAUAACUUGAACGACUUUUGUUACUCCUAUCUUAUGGGAGUUAAGGAGGCUGCAGAGUCGGCCAUUGAAAAAAGAAUAUCAGAAAUUUGUUUUGUAGAAGCUUCAUUUUUCAAAGAACAUACAAGAAGUAUAAUGGAUAGUGCAGCUGAUGCUCUAAAUUUAGACUGCAUGGUUCAUCAUAUUUCGAAAACUAAAGCGUCUUUCCCCAGUGGCAAUGACUCAGGCAUCAAUUUCUAUCUUGAUAAAUUAUUUGAAAUUCGUAUUUGGGAAAAAAUUACAAGCGGGGAUAAGCACGUCCUGAAAAUCAUUGUGUCUGAGUUAAAGAGUAAUGGAUUUGACUUCACAAAAGAUCCAGUGGCACUCCAGAAAAUCGAGGGAGCAGUUGAAAGAGCAAUGUCACGAAUGACAAAUGGGAUCAAGCUUAAUCUGCAUGUUCCUACUGGUGAACCUGAUAUCAGUACUACUAUAAGUUGGAGAAAAUGCGCUGGUCUACCUAUAUUGAAAACUCUCACUUUGCCCCCAAAUACAUUAAUGGUACCCCGUCUACAGUAAUCUUCUUUGGGGUUCUUGUUGUGGAUAUAAGAAAUAUAUCAGUCAGCUGGAAAGAAAAAACUUAUGACAUACUUGUAAGCGUACUAACUCGUUACUACUGUUUCUGUUUAUUUGUUAUCGAGCUUGUAAGUAUAACAGACUCUAAUCGACCAUCAUUGACGUUUGUAACUACGUUUUAACGGGAAACAA